AUGACGCCUGAAGAAGAUCAACGACUAGGUGGCGUGGUAAUUUAUGAAGACUACCCCAUCACCGCCGCCAGAGCCAAACGCGAGGCUCGCAAAUAUAUUCCUCGCACAAAUAUCAACCUUGACGCUCGACAGCCGCAACAUGCUCACGAUGUCAGCAGACGUUCCUGGCAUCAAUCGGACUUAUUGCACAUCCUCUUACCAAAUGCAGCACCCGGCCGUCACCACAACAUGUUCGGCCGUCCCCCCAACAACCCUGCGGAUACCAUCCAUGCCCUUAUCCUUAUUCCAUCCACAACCUGCGGUAAGACAACCGCCGUCAACGCCAUACCAUCCAAUACUUCGCCACCUAUAUCACGCAACAUCAUCAUCAUCCACCACCACCACCACCACCACCACCCACACCACAAGCACCCAACUGCCACCUCCCACGCAAGUAAGAAUUGCAAGUCUCGCCUCCGUUUCCAUGCGACCCCUCUGCUGCAUGUGUGAUUUGAAUAUGAGACUAUCGUGACGCGUCAAUUGAUGUGACAUGGAUGGAUGCUGACUGUGGCCUAAGCCAGUGCACGUAAACUGCCUGGUUGUGAGUACAGUUAUUGAGUGCGUACUGGUGGUUUCCGAAGCAGGUUGAAUCGGCUCCUUCUUAACCUGACCUACGGCACCCUGAGUCAGGUGAGAUGUAGGUCACGUGACACAUGUUUUCCAAAUUUCUGGUGCCUUUGUGUGGAGGGUCAGGUGGUGUAUGUAGGGGCACGCAGAGAAUGCCAUUAGACAUUGAAUCCAGAUAACUCACCGGCUCGGACUAUGGCUGGGGCCAGUAAAUGGGAAGGGAGAGAGAGGUCGACGCCUCAGCGCAUUUUCCUCAUUAUUAACCGUCUGACGCGCUUGAAUAUAUCAAUGUGUGCUAAAAGCCGAGGCUUGGAAUGCUGCCGACUGGCAGUAAAAUGUGGUACUAGCAGUCAGCUCAGGUAUGUCCUGUUGUAAGUCCACUUGAUGCUACUAUUCGGUCGCUCACUUGCACGCACGUGUAGACAACGUCCAGCAUUCAUUCCUCCUCCUCCUCAUUGCCCUCACCCUCAAAGUCACUUCUCUUCCGCACUUUUCCUCACUUCGUCUGCUACACCCUCGAGGCCACUAAGUACGUACUCCUCAUUAUUUGCCAUUGUAUGCACCUAUGUGUUUCUCCUUCCGGUGAGUUAACCACCAAUCUGCCUAAUUUUUCCGCUCCCAUUUUUUUCAUUUCAACAACCUGUUGGCUUAGCCGGGGAGGGGAUUUUCUCCGCAUCCCGUCUCUCUACACUUCCCCCAUUCUAACCACCCGCCCACCGACUUCAAAUGUCCUAUGACGAGAGCGAUAGUAAUCGCGUAUCGGCCCAUGCAAACUUGUGUCGUUCUUUCACUGAACAAAUUCGUAGCACAUACUAGAGUUUGGCGGCCGUCUGGCAUGUCUGUGUAGCUAGCCAUAUGCAGCUAUAUGCUCGCUCCGAUGACACCCAUCAUCUAUAGGUGUGCUUUACCAGACAUUGGCUAAAUGCAGGCAAACGCGUGUAAGGAAACAAUGCUAAUACCGAUUUCCGAGUGCAUCAUGUCGGCUGUGGUUGAUGAGCUGGUUGAAGUCUCCUCGUCGUUUUCGUCGUGAUGCAGAUCUGAAACGGACAAGACGGCUUUUACAUGCGUAUGGAGUAUAUGCUGGUCCACUUGAUGAGGAGAAUAGGAGGAAGCAAGUGUAAUGGCCUGAUGUGCAUUGCAAUGCUUAUUUGACGCCAGUUAGCAUGGUUGAUUUGCAUGAACUGGCCAGCUAAUACGGCAGGAUAGUGACGAUUUCUGCCAAGUUGUGAACAGUUCUUAUGCAGGCACAAAACGGUCUUCUAGCGGAAGCACUUCGACAUCAACGCACUCCAUCGGUAUGCUGUUGCACUGACUACCUAUCUCAUCUUCCCACUGGUCUCGUCAUACAAUAUAUUGCUGGCCUAUGUGACACGCAGUAUUCGUGUUACGCGUCCGUCUACAUUUCCAGUCUUUGGCUAAAUGCAGGCAAACAGGGGUAAGUAGACAGUGCGAAUACCGGAUUCCGUUGUGGGCGACUGCGAUUGCGACAUGUCGGAUGUGGUUGAUGAGGAGGAAGAGGUGUCCUGUUCGUCAUCGGACAGGCCUGAAAUGGACAAGAGGGCAUUAAAUAAGGCAUUCGCUCGCCUAAUAAUCAAUAUCAUGAUGAGCAUUCGUUCUGUUCAAAAGGAAGUGCCCAAGAUUUCACGGACGCCACAAUUGUACAUCUCUAUAAUCCGAAAGGCAGUCGUGGGCUCUGCGAUAAUCACCGAGGAAUCUCCCUGCCUGACAUCGCCGGAAAGCAGUGCGGCUUCCACCGACGUCAGGAAACCAUCGACAUCAUCUUUGUCGUUCGCCAGCUACAGCAUAAGUACCAGGAGAUGUCGACCUACCUCUAGUCAACCUUCGUGCAUCCGACGAAUGACGUCGUCAGGGUUGAGCACGAAAAACUAGGGAAAAAUCAUACAGAAUUUCGUCUGUUCUCAACGAUUCACUUCAGACAGAGCGCCCUCCCCUGAACUACCACUAACAUCCUCUACCUCCACCACAUCUCACCCUUCUUCUUCUUCUUCUUCUUCUUCUGCUUCUCCUUCUUGUUCUUCUUCUUCUUCUUCUUCUUCUUCUUCUUCUCAUUUUUCUUUUUUUUUCUUCUUUUUCUUCUUCUUCUUCUACUUUUUCUUCUUCUUCUUUUCCUUCUUCUUCUUCUUCUUCUUCUUCUUCUUCUUCUUCUUCUUCUUUUCCUUCUUCUCCUUCUUCUUCUUCUUCUUCUUCUUCUUCUUCUUCCUCUUCUUCUGCUUCUUCUUCUUCUUCUUCUUCUUCUUCUUCUCCUUCUUCUUCUCCUCCUCCAACUCCUACUCCACCACCUCCACCACAACCACCACAGCUAUCAUCAAUCGCCUCAACUUCCGCUGCGGGGCUCCAGUUCAGACUACCACACACCCAUGUCUGACGGUCCAACCACGCGUCAGGCGACGUGUUUUGAGAGGAUGCGACUGA